AUGGGCGGCGGUUAUCACUUAACAUCAGAUUGCGUGCAGCUGCAAGUGUACCGCGACUCGAAGGCGCGGUGGGGGGGCGCCGCGAGCAAGGCCUCCCUCUCCCUACAGCGCUACUUGGGCUGCGAGAGCGGCUUCACGUUGGACAAGCACUCGCACACGCUGGCGCUUAUCUGCCAGGACUUCACGGCCGUGCUGGCCUUCGAGACGCGGGAGCGGCUCAUGCAGUGGCAGGUGAAGCUGCAGGCGCACCUGUGCUGGUCGCGGCAGUGGGUGGUGGUGGUGGCGGCGGGGGGCCGGGUGGCGGCCGGCCCGGCGCGCCUCCUGCUGCGCCCACCGGCCGCCGCACUCGCCGCCGGGGUGCCCCCGAGGCUGCUCGCCGUUUGGGAACUAUCGCAUCUCAGGCGUUAUGGCGUCGUCGAAGGGCGAUUUUGUUUGGAGGGUGGAUCUCUCUGUGGAAAAAGCGAAGGCCUUCACGUCCUGGUGACCGAUCAAGCGGCAGAGAUCGCACGCGACUUUGACCUGGCCUCUAGGGGGAACAUCUCUCCCAGAAGAACAUUUGCCGCCAUUAAAAUUUAUGAAGGUGUUGAAAGUCCAAAAUCACACAAAGCGUUCCGGUCGGACACGAGGCUUUCGGAACUGAAUACUAUAGAUCGUUCCCUGCCACCGAUGGACUUGCGGCUGUACGAGGAUCCGUGCGUUGAAGAACCAGGUGACAUCUCACCGUACUGGCUUUCUGCGGAACACGCGCAUUUCCAGGAUAUGGGUCUAGGAGACACGGUUUCCGUCAACGAGACCGUCGAAGGUGCCGAUGGGGCUCCAUGGCACGGCACCAACAGCGUCAUGUUGGAGCGCUGCAUGAGUUGCAUUUCCAAGCUGGGCGCUCUGUCACGCUCUUCUACAGCCGCACUGACGCCUGGCGCUAAACACUUCAGUCCCGCGUGGACGAUGGAAGCGCUGAAUGAAAAUCUCCACAGUGAUAAUGUGACAAGUGAUAGCGCGAAGAGUUGUGAAAAAAGGAAUAGAGAUACAAGUGAUAACGUUGUGCCAAACAAAGAGAAUAUGAAACCCAGUGAUGAUCGUACUGCUCUUUACGCUACAGUGGAUCUUUCUCGAAAGACUAGAAGAAAAGUACAGCUUGAGGGAUGGACCACGCCCGACGGUAGGACGUCGGCAGAUAUUGAAGUAGACGAGGGCCCCUUAGCUAAUUAUGAAAAUCUGAGCUUUGCUUUGUCUCUUGAACAUUACGAAAAUGCCAAAGAUCUAUUAAGAAAGGUCGGUAUCACUGAAAGUGAGUUGAAUGCAAUCGGUGCCAAUUUAAAACCAGAGUCGUUUGCAGCAAUGAAGAAGAAAAGUGUUUGUACAAAAUGUGGACAUCAACAGAGUGAAACCGAUUCAGAGGCAGCUUGUAGUAGGACAACAGGAGGAAGCAACGAUGAAUAUCUGAUGAUGGAGCCCAGUAGUUUGGAUAGUGAUAGACUGGAAAGAGAUCGAACUCUGGCGGCCGGUUAUACACCGAUGUCGCCGAUUGGCGGCUUCGCCUUCCAUACAUUAAAAUAUGCAAAGAGCUCUUUUAACCGACUGCUCGAGGAAAAAUCCGCCAGCAAUCCCGCGCUGUGCCCCGAGAAAUCCCCGCGAGUGGAGGCCGAGGGGGCGGAGGGCGGGCGAACGGCGGUCGCGGAGACUAGCGGGAGGCAGCGCGGCGGCCGCGGUCGGCGCUCGAGCUCGGUGGACUCGUCGCGGUUCUUGGAGGACGUGGAGGAGUUCGAGGGCAGCGUGGGCAGCCGCGGCUCGGCCUCCUCGAUGGAGACGCUGCGCGACCUCUCCGGGGGGCGCGCCCCGGCGAGGGCGGCGUGCGAGUGCGCGACACGAGCGGGCGCGGCGGCGGCGGCCCCGCCAGGGGCGCGCGACUCUUGCAGCUCCAACGACUCAGGCGUCUCCAGCUGGUCGCUGCGCUCGGCCGCGCCGCCGCCGCCCGCCCACGCGCGCUCCCGCAGAGGCGGCAGCACCCGCCGCUGCAGGGGAGCCACUCCGAGGUACCGUUCUGCGAGGGUGACGGAUGCACAUAGCACUUCCAGUGGAACUUCUGACAUGUCCGACUACGUGGAAACAUUGUCGAUGUGCUCCUCACAGUCGUCCAGCGAUACACCACUCGGGCCAUGCCCACGCAGAGCUGCCAGCACCCUCCGACCUCGCGCCGGCAAGGAGUACCGUCCGCUUGCCCCGCGCCGC